CUGCCGAGGGAUGCGGGCCGCCCACCCGGCCGGAUGGCACCGGGAACGUCCACAGGGAAACUCCAGCGCUGGGAAUCCAAAGCCAUACAAAAACUGGGAAUAGAAACCUGGGAACAUCUUGCCUCAACACGCUGGGGCUUUCACAACCUGCUUGGCCCGUGCAUGGUGGCUCCAGCGGCUGCAGCGCCACAGAAAAUCAACCCCAGCUCUCCCUGCGGCUCCGGCAAAUCGUAGCCUGGUGCAGAAGCAGGUGACAUGUGAAGGCAGCGCAGGGAGCAGCAGCAGCAGAGAUGCAUUCCAGCCACCUUGAGGACCCCAAGGAAGCCAUCCAGCUGAUCAAGAAGCAGCUGGUGAACGCCAUCAAGGCUCUGCAGAAGCAGUACGUGAGCUCGGACACCGCGGUCACCAGCGACGAUGGCAACGCCAACACGCUCUGCAGCGCCCUGGAAGCUGUGUUUGUGCACGGGCUGAAGGCAAAGCACAUCAAGGCAGAGACUGGGGGGAAAGGGAAGAAAUCAGGGGGUCGGGGCCCCCUUCCCCAGCCAGUCUUUUGGGGCCUGCUGAAGAGCAUCACCCAUCGAAAUAUUGUCUCGGAGCUGGAGCAGCUGGUGUUCAUCAGCACGGACGUGGGGCGCUGCCGGGCCUGGCUGCGGCUGGCGCUGAACGACAGCCUCAUGGAGUGUUAUCUGAAGCUGCUGCUGCGGGACCGCGGCCGGCUGCACGAGUACUACCAGAGCCCUGCUCUGCUCCUGGACGCCGAGGAGUGCGAGUUUCUCCUCUGCUACUUGCAGGGUUUAUCGUCCUUAACCUUCGAGCUCUCCUACAAGUCAGCAGUUCUGAACGAGUGGACCGCCACCCCGCUGUCCCUGUCGGGCCUGUGUCCCGUGCCCGAGCUGCUGGAGCCCCUCACGUCCUCCGCCUCUGAACCCCGCAGGAAAGCAUCGCUGGGCUCCAUCUCCCAGUCCUCGGGGUCUGACGAGAUCGAGAUCCAAACCCCCGUCCUGCCCAUCGGCAAAGCCAGCGGCAAGACCAAGCUGACGUCGUCCUCGCUGAGCCUGAACACCACGAGCUCGUCGCAGCUCUCCUCCAGCCUGGGCUCCGACAGCCUGCCGGCGGCGCCCUGCGCCCGCAGCCCCGAGCGCGCCGAGGAGCCGCUCUCCUGCGGCUCCGACCCGGCCACCGCCACCGCCGACCACCUGGACAGGUCCCUGCAGGAGGUGUUGUCCGAGUUCAGCAAGGCCAGGCCGAGCCCGGACGCCCCGGAGGGACGGCUGCUCCCCAGUGUGCAGGAGCCUCCCCCCAGCACCGACACCUCUGCUUGCACAGGAGAGCCCGGGCCCCCCGGCCGUGGGGAUGGAGAUGCCGGCAGCACACCCGCAAUUCCAGCCCCUCGGGAUGGGCCGGGCAGAGCUGGGAGUGGUGGCAGCGAGGGGAGCCCGGCUGUCAGCAGCCCCACAGCCCAGCACCUGCUCUCCCCCCUGCCGGGGUGUCCGAAGAGCUGGAUCUCAGAAGAUGAUUUCUACAGACCUUCCCCGGGAGAGAGCAGCAGGAGCACGGCUGGCACCAACGGCUUCGGGCCAGAGGGGGACAGCAAGGAGCCAGCCCUGGGGCUCAUCAGUGCCCUGGACUUGGAGAGGCUCUCAGUGUCAUCCUCUGACACUGGGAAGCCCAAAAUGUCCCCGGAGCGGGAGCAGAAGGGCUUCAGCGUGGUGCACCGCAGGCAGAUGGGUCUUUCCAACCCUUUCCGCGGGCUGCUGAAGCUGGGCAGCCUGGAGCGGCGCGGGGCCAUGGGGAUGUGGAAGGAGUUUUCCUGCGAGCUGUCCCCGCUGGAGCUGCGGCUCUUCCUGGACCACGAGGAGCGGGUCUGCGUGGAGACCUACUCCCUGCUGCGCUGCGAGUCCCUGGCGCUGAGCCACUCCGACGGCCGCUUCCAGCUGGUUUUCCUGGGCAAAAAGCUCUUCCUUCGAGCCCCUUCCCGGGACGAGGCCGAGGACUGGCUGGACAGGAUCCGCGAGGCGCUGCGCAAGUGCCGGCCGCAGCUGGAGGAGGAGGACUGGGAGACCCUGGAGUACUCUGAGAAUGGAGGUGAAGCCCAGCCCGCCCAGGGCGAUUCCAGUGCUCUCCAGUACAGUGACGUGCCCGGGAACAGCUUGGACUGGACUCCAGCUCCAGAAGCAGAGCUGGAUGCAAUCAAAGAGACUGUUCUGUACAUGGACGUGGACAAAACCUGGGUCCCGUUUAUUUUUUCCCUGUCUCUAGAAACUCUGAAGUGCUUUAAAAUCAGAAACAAUGACAAAAUUUUAAGCAACAGUUACGGCAUAGAGACCAUCCAGGACAUCCUUCCAGACACGAGCCUGGGGGGACCCUCCUUCUUCAAGGUGAUCACCUCCAAGGCUGUGCUGAAGCUGCAGGCUGAGAACGCGGAGGAGGCGGCCUCGUGGCGGGAGCUGGUCCGAGAGGUGCUCAUGUCCUACCUGGAGGGCGCCGAGGAGGCUCUGACCCUGGGGGGCAGCUUGGAUGGGCACUCCCAGGUCGUCCUGAAGAACGUCGUGAAGGAAAACGGCUUCUUGUUGCAGUACCUGGUGGCCAUCCCCAUGGAGAAGGGCCUGGACUCACAGAGCUUCAUCUGUGCAGGCUGCUCCCGGCAGAUCGGCUUCUCCUUCGCCAGGCCCAAGCUCUGCGCCUUCUCCGGCCUCUACUACUGCGACAGCUGCCACGGGGACGAGGAGAGCGUGAUCCCCUCCCGCCUCAUCCACAACUGGGAUCUGACCAAGCGAGGGGUGUGCAAGCAGGCCCUGAGGUUCCUGAGGCAGAUCCGCAACCAGCCGCUGAUCGAUCUGAAGCUGGUCAACGAGAGCCUCUACGAGCACGUGGAGAGGAUGGGGCGGAUCCUGCGCUGCCGGGAGCAGCUGAAGCUGCUGGGGGAUUAUCUCAUCAUGUGCCGCAGCGGCGCCCUGAAGGAGCUCAGCAAGCGGCUUGAUCACAGGCAUUACCUCCUGGAGUGUCCCCACAAAUACAGCGUGGCUGAUCUGAGGCAGGUCGCCGACGGCGCCUUCGAGAGCUUCCUGCAGUCGCUGCUGCAGUUCGCAUCCCACCACGUCUACAGCUGCGACCUGUGCACCCAGCGGGGCUUCAUCUGCCAGAUCUGCCGCAGCAGCGACAUCAUCUUCCCCUUCCAGUUCGACACCACCACCAGGUGCAGUGAAUGCAAAACUGUCUUCCACCGGGACUGCCAUGCCCGAGCCCCGUCGUGCCCGCGCUGCGAGCGGCGGCAGCGGUACCAGCGGCAGCUGGAGACCAGCGCGGAGCCCAGCCUGUAGCCAGC